ACAUGCGUUUCAGGCUGAUGCAGGCAAUCGAAUUCGCCUAAUUAGUAGAUACCCAGCACUUUACAGUGCACUAGCUAUAUCCAACAUGUAUGGGACCCACAGUAGUCGUUAGUUCAUGGCUCUGCAUUCUUACCGCACGAGUGUGUAUGCUGGAAGAUCUCAGUGGAUGUUACAAAGGACAGUGGAGAAUCCGUCCCAUCAAAGCUGACCUCGAGUGCUUCCAGUUAGCAACGCAACAU